AUGGUGUGGCGCAGAUCCUGUGGCGCCACUCUCGCGGCCGAGGGGGCUCACGAGGGGGCUCGCGAGGCGGGCCACGUGGCGGCGGCCGAGGACGGGGAAGAGGCCGGGGCGCUGCAAGAGGAGGUUCGAAGCACGACAGAUGGCGGAACCGAUUUGACAGCUCUCGGUUGGCUGAGAAGCGCGAACGAGGAAGGACAGCCACCGGCAGAAGAGGUCGUCUCAGAGGAUUCAAAUCCAGAGUCGGACGAAGAGUCGGACGAAGAAUCCGAAACCGAGAGGAAGAAGAAGACGUACAUGUCUCUUCUUAAGAGCCUCGAGAGCGGUUCUUCUCAGCCUGCGUCGAAGAAGCGCAAGCUUGACCACAGUGACAGUGUCGAAACAGCCCAGGUCGAGCCAGCAGUUGGUGUCAGCGAUAGCGAAGAGGAGGAGGAGGAGGAAGAGGAAAAAGCGGAUGUGGACGAGGAGGAGGACGACCUUCCAAAAGACCCUGAUCACGUCGACGAAACGGAAGACCAGUCAGAUUCAGACGACGAAGACGAAGAGGAGGACCAGGCUGACACGGCAGAUCCGUUUGAAACGCACUUCGUCAGCCCAGACGAGCAGAAGGUGACCCGGCGAAUACAUUCGAUCAAGAAGAACGAGUGGACGACGGCCAAGGUUUCGGAUGGAGGCUCGCGCAUGGUGUUUUCUCUUCCGGGCAGCGGCAGCAGCAGCAGCAGUGCGGCUGCCUUCUCUCCACCAGCGGCCGUGACCGGUCCGGGCGACCUCAAGCUGAAACAGAAGCUGCUUGAGAGCGUGCUGCAGUCGAAGCGGCCAGUCUUUGACGCCGUGGAGCAGUCGCUGGCACCGCUGCUCUUCAACUACUAUGACAUGCUGUAUUGCGAGCGGACGCCGGCCAACGGACAGAGCCUGCGGCACAUUGCCUGUCUGCACGCAGUGAAUCAUGUGUUUAAGACACGGGACAAGGUGAUUAAGAACAAUGCCAAGGUAGCCCGGGACGACGGACGGGACGACGUGGAGUACCGCGAUCAGGGGUACACGCGGCCCAAGGUGCUGAUGUUGCUGCCGACGCGGCAGUCAUGCGUGCGGAUGGUGGAGGCGAUCUGCGGAAUCUGGCGGCCGGAGCAGCAGGAGAACCGGAAGCGGUUUGACGACACGUACGACGACCGGUUGGCGGUGUCGGGCGAGGAUCGGCCGGCAGACUUCCGGGACCUGUUUGACGGCAACGACGACGACAUGUUCCGGCUGGGACUCAAGUUCACGCGGCGGUCGAUCAAGUACUUUUCGCAGUUCUACAACUCGGACAUCAUCCUGGCGAGUCCGCUGGGCCUGCGGAUGGCCAUGGGCUCAGACGACACGCUCCUGACGUCCAAGAAGGCGUCAGCGGACGGCCAGAGUGACAGCAACAGCCGCAGCAAGACGGACUACGACUUUCUGAGCUCGAUCGAGCUCGUCGUGGUCGACCAGGCGGACGCGCUGCUGAUGCAGAACUGGGAGCAUGUGGAGCACAUUUUUGCACACCUAAACCGGCAGCCACGUGACGCGCAUGGCUGCGACUUCAACCGGGUGCGCAGCUGGUAUCUGGACGGCCAGGCGAGCCACUUCCGGCAGACCGUUGUGCUGUCGGCCAUGCACACGCCGGCGCUGGCCGAGCUGUUCCGCCACCACGCAGCCAAUUGGACCGGCAAGGUGCGCGUGCAGCCGGUCGAACAUGCCGGCGUGAUCGGCCGGCUGGGCGUGCGCGGUUUGCGACAGACGUUUUCGCGCUUUAGUGCGCCGACCGUCGAGGCUGAGCCGGACGCCCGGUUCGACUACUUCAUCAAGGCCGUCGUGCCGGCUGUGAUCACCAAGGCCGGUCGAUCGGCCGGCUCGGUAGCCUCGACAUCGUCCGGUGGGAUUCUCGUCUUCAUCCCGUCGUACCUCGAUUUUGUCCGCGUCCGCAACUGGUUCUCCACGUCUGUGGCCACGGCCAACAUCAGCUUCGGCCAGGUGUCCGAGUACGCAUCCACGGCCGAGGCUUCGCGCGCGCUCUCGUUCUUCCUGACCGGCCGCCACAGCGUGCUUCUCUACACCGAACGCGCACACCACUUCCGCCGCCACCAGAUCAGCGGCGUGCGCCGCGUCGUCUUCUACGGCCUGCCCGACAACCCGGCCUUUUACGCCGAGAUCGCCGGCGGCUACCUCGCCCGCAGUCAGCGCAGCCAACGCCUCGGCCCCGGCCAGGGCUCCGUCCGUGCCGUCUUCUCACGCUACGACGCCUUCCGCCUGGAGCGCAUCGUCGGCAGCCAGCGCAUCGGCCAGAUGCUGCGCGAGCAGAGCGACACUUUUGUCUUUGAGGAGGAGCGGGCGUUCUGA